AUGGUAAUAACUGAAACUGUCGAAAAGUCGAUAUUCAGAGACAAGUCGGCUACUUUUGAGCCGACGGAGGACAACAAUAAAGGUGACUUCGGUCCAUUCGCCGAGGCCUUCAAGCACAGGUUUCGAGUGAAGGCCUUCAAACAGGUUCAAGUUUUGAGUGAAAGCCUACAAACAGGUUCGAGUGAGGCCUACAAACAAGUUUCGAGAGAAAGCAUACAAACAGGUUCGAGUGAGGCCUACAUACAGGUUUUGAGUGAAAGCCUACAAACAGGUUCGAGUGAGGCCUACAUACAGGUUUUGAGUGAAAGCCUACAAACAGGUUCGAGUGAGGCCUACAAACAAGUUUCGAGAGAAAGCAUACAAACAGGUUCGAGUGAGGCCUACAUACAGGUUUUGAGUGAAAGCCUACAAACAGGUUCGAGUGAGGCCUACAUACAGGUUUUGAGUGAAAGCCUACAAACAGGUUCGAGUGAGGCCUACAAACAAGUUUCGAGAGAAAGCAUACAAACAGGUUCGAGUGAGGCCUACAUACAGGUUUUGAGUGAAAGCCUACAAACAGGUUCGAGUGAGGCCUACAUACAGGUUUUGAGUGAAAGCCUACAAACAGGUUCGAGUGAGGCCUACAAACAAGUUUCGAGAGAAAGCAUACAAACAGGUUCGAGUGAGGCCUACAUACAGGUUUUGAGUGAAAGCCUACAAACAGGUUCGAGUGAGGCCUACAAACAAGUUUCGAGAGAAAGCAUACAAACAGGUUCGAGUGAGGCCUACAUACAGGUUUUGAGUGAAAGCCUACAAACAGGUUCGAGUGAGGCCUACAAACAAGUUUCGAGAGAAAGCAUACAAACAGGUUCGAGUGAGGCCUACAUACAGGUUUUGAGUGAAAGCCUACAAACAGGUUCGAGUGAGGCCUACAUACAGGUUUUGAGUGAAAGCCUACAAACAGGUUCGAGUGAGGCCUACAAACAAGUUUCGAGAGAAAGCAUACAAACAGGUUCGAGUGAGGCCUACAUACAGGUUUUGAGUGAAAGCCUACAAACAGGUUCGAGUGAGGCCUACAUACAGGUUUUGAGUGAAAGCCUACAAACAGGUUCGAGUGAGGCCUACAAACCAGUUUCGAGAGAAAGCAUACAAACAGGUUCGAGUGAGGCCUACAUACAGGUUUUGAGUGAAAGCCUACAAACAGGUUCGAGUGAGGCCUACAUACAGGUUUUGAGUGAAAGCCUACAAACAGGUUCGAGUGAGGCCUACAUACAGGUUUUGAGUGAAAGCCUACAAACAGGUUCGAGUGAGGCCUACAAACAAGUUUCGAGAGAAAGCAUACAAACAGGUUCGAGUGAGGCCUACAUACAGGUUUUGAGUGAAAGCCUACAAACAGGUUCGAGUGAGGCCUACAUACAGGUUUUGAGUGAAAGCCUACAAACAGGUUCGAGUGAGGCCUACAAACAAGUUUCGAGAGAAAGCAUACAAACAGGUUCGAGUGAGGCCUACAUACAGGUUUUGAGUGAAAGCCUACAAACAGGUUCGAGUGAGGCCUACAUACAGGUUUUGAGUGAAAGCCUACAAACAGGUUCGAGUGAGGCCUACAUACAGGUUUUGAGUGAAAGCCUACAAACAGGUUCGAGUGAGGCCUACAAACAAGUUUCGAGAGAAAGCAUACAAACAGGUUCGAGUGAGGCCUACAUACAGGUUUUGAGUGAAAGCCUACAAACAGGUUCGAGUGAGGCCUACAUACAGGUUUUGAGUGAAAGCCUACAAACAGGUUCGAGUGAGGCCUACAAACAAGUUUCGAGAGAAAGCAUACAACCAGGUUCGAGUGAGGCCUACAUACAGGUUUUGAGUGAAAGCCUACAAACAGGUUCGAGUGAGGCCUACAUACAGGUUUUGAGUGAAAGCCUACAAACAGGUUCGAGUGAGGCCUACAAACAAGUUUCGAGAGAAAGCAUACAAACAGGUUCGAGUGAGGCCUACAUACAGGUUUUGAGUGAAAGCCUACAAACAGGUUCGAGUGAGGCCUACAUACAGGUUUUGAGUGAAAGCCUACAAACAGGUUCGAGUGAGGCCUACAAACAAGUUUCGAGAGAAAGCAUACAAACAGGUUCGAGUGAGGCCUACAAACAAGUUUCGAGAAAAAGCAUACAAACAGGUUCGAGUGAGGCCUACAUACAGGUUUUGAGUGAAAGCCUACAAACAGGUUCGAGUGAGGCCUACAAACAAGUUUGGAGAGAAAGCAUACAAACAGGUUCGAGUGAGGCCUACAAACAAGUUUCGAGAGAAAGCAUACAAACAGGUUCGAGUGAGGCCUACAAACAAGUUUCGAGAGAAAGCAUACAAACAGGUUCGAGUGAGGCCUACAAACAAGUUUCGAGAGAAAGCAUACAAACAGGCUCGAGUGAGGCCUACAUACAUGUUCGAGAAUUGCACCACAGAAGGCAAUUGAGCAGAAUCAAGAAGAUGUGGUUCAGUGGCGAUCAAGAGAAGGUGGAUCAAGUGUUGAACAAGAGUGUUGGAGCUGACAACUGCCUCCAAGGGAUUUUGAAAGACAGAACAAACGAGGCUGCUAUUUACCUUAAGCAAAAAGCAAACGAGUUGGAACUAGAAAAAUUUGACGAAGACAACCAGAGGAAAUUGAUUGAGGCAAAAAUUGUCGAAACUGAGCUUAGAUACGAUGAAUCAGAGAUUGAUCUGGAGAACAACAAAACUGUUCUGCCAUCAAGCAGCACUAACAAGACUACGUCUUCUACGACGUCUAGCACGACUUCACCUACAACAUCGAGCACCUCGUCGCCUACAACAUCAUCUACAACAUCGAGCACCUCGUCGCCUACAACAUCAUCUACAACAUCGAGUACCUCGUCCCCUACGACAUCUAGCACAACUUCUAGCACGACAUCGGCUACUACAUCGAGUACCUCGUCGCCUACAACAUCAUCUACAACAUCGAGUACCUCGUCGCCUACAACAUCAUCUACAACAUCGAGUACCUCGUCGCCUACAACAUCAUCUACAACAUCGAGCACCUCGUCGCCUACGACAUCAUCUACAACAUCGAGUACCUCGUCACCCACAACAUCAUCUAUAACAUCGAGUACCUCGUCGCCUACGUCAUCAUCCACAACAUCGAGUACUUCGUCGCCUACAACAUCAUCUACAACAUCGAGUACCUCGUCGCCUACAACAUCAUCUACAACAUCGAGCACCUCGUCGCCUACAACAUCAUCUACAACCUCGAGUACCUCGUCUCCUACGACAUCUAGCACAACUUCUAGCACGACAUCGGCUACUACAUCGAGUACCUCGUCGCCUACAACAUCAUCUACAACUUCGAGUACUUCGUCGCCUACAACAUCAUCUACAACUUCGAGUACCUCGUCGCCUACAACAUCAUCUACAACAUCGAGUACCUCGUCGCCCACGACAUCUAGCACAACUUCUAGUACGACAUCGUCUACUACAUCGAGUACCUCGUCGCCUUCAACAUCGUCUACAACAUCGAGUACAUCGUCGCCUACAACAUCAUCUACAACUUCGAGUACCUCGUCGCCUACAACAUCAUCUACAACAUCGAGCACCUCGUCGCCUACGACAUCAUCUACAACAUCGAGUACCUCGUCACCCACAACAUCAUCUAUAACAUCGAGUACCUCGUCGCCUACGUCAUCAUCUACAACAUCGAGUACUUCGUCGCCUACAACAUCAUCUACAACAUCGAGUACCUCGUCGCCUACAACAUCAUCUACAACUUCGAGUACUUCAUCGCCUACAACAUCAUCUACAACUUCGAGUACCUCGUCGCCUACAACAUCAUCUACAACAUCGAGUACCUCGUCGCCCACGACAUCUAGCACAACUUCUAGUACGACAUCGUCUACUACAUCGAGUACCUCGUCGCCUACAACAUCAUCUACAACAUCGAGUACAUCAUCGCCUACAACAUCAUCUACAACUUCGAGUACUUCGUCACCUACAACAUCAUCUAGCACAUCGAGUACCUCGUCGUCUACCACAUCAUCUACAACAUCGAGUACCUCGUCGCCUACGACAUCUAGCACAACUUCUAGUACGACAUCGUCUACUACAUCGAGUACCUCGUCGCCUACAACAUCAUCUACAACAUCGAGUACCUCGUCGCCUACGUCAUCAUCUACAACAUCGAGUACCUCGUCGCCCACAACAUCAUCUAUAACAUCGAGUACCUCGUCGCCUACGACAUCAUCUACAACUUCGAGUACCUCGUCGCCUACAACAUCAUCUACAAUUUCGAGUACUUCGUCGCCUACAACAUCAUCUACAACUUCGAGUACCUCAUCGCCUACGACAUCUAGCACAACUUCUAGUACGACAUCGUCUACUACAUCGAGUACCUCGUCGCCUACAACAUCAUCUACAACAUCAAGUACAUCGUCGCCUACAACAUCAUCUACAACUUCGAGUACUUCUUCGCCUACAACAUCAUCUACAACAUCGAGUACCUCGUCGCCUACGACAUCAUCUUCAACUUCGAGUACCUCGUCGCCUACAACAUCAUCUACAACAUCGAGCACCUCGUCGCCUACGAUAUCAUCAAAAACAUCGAGUACUUCGUCGCCUACAACAUCAUCUACAACUUCGAGUACCUCGUCGCCUACGACAUCUAGCACAACUUCUAGUACGACAUGGUCUACUACAUCGAGUACCUCGUCGCCUACAACAUCAUCUACAACAUCGAGUACAUCGUCGCCUACAACAUCAUCUACAACUUCGAGUACUUCUUCGCCUACAACAUCAUCUACAACAUCGAGCAGCUCGUCGCCUACGACAUCAUCAACAACAUCGAGUACUUCGUCGCCUACAACAUCAUCUACAACUUCGAGUACCUCGUCGCCUACAACAUUAUCUACAACAUCGAGUACCUGGUCGCCUAUAACAUCAUCUACGACAUCGAGUACCUCUUCGCCUACAACUUCAUCUAGAACUUCGAGUACCUUGUCGCCUACAGCGUCAUCUACAACAUCGAUUACCUCGUUGCCUACGACAUCUAGCACCUUUUCUAGUAUGACAUCGUCUGCUAAACCGAGUAGCCAUUGGCCUAUAAGGUUUACUACAACACCGAGUACUUCGUCGCGUACUACAACCAGCACGACAUCAUCAAUAACAUCGAGUACCUCAUCACCUGCAAAAUCGCCUACAACAUCGAGUACAUCCUCGCCUACAACAUCUAGCAACUUUUCUAGUACGACAUCGUCUGCUUCAACGAUUAGCUCAUGGCCUACAACAUCAUCUACCACAUCGAGUACUUCGUCGCGUACUACAUCCAGCACGACAUCUGGCACGACAUCAUCAACAACAUCGAGUACCUCAACGCCUACAACACCAUCUACAAAAUCGACUACCUCGUCGCCUACUAAGUCCUCUUCAUUAUCGGGUACAUUGUCACCUACGACAUCCAAUACGACUUCUAGCACGACAGCAUCGAAAACAACAAAAACCUUGUCGAACUCAUCGGAAGCGUUCACAGCAAGCAAUGACAAUUUGAAUGUUAGCGAAGUAUCUGGAAAUAAGGACACAAUUUUCAGCCCAGGAGUUCAGAUAAAUCGCAGUUCACUGGACUAUGAUGACUACCAUGUCAACAGCCGGCAUGCACUUCGCCCACGUCUAAUUUCUCUCACUCUAACUAGCUUAAAACUAUUCGCUGCAGUCAAUCAACUAAAUAGUAAACCUAAUUGAAAUGGUGCUUUUUUAUUAUGAAUUGUAUGACUGAUACACUAUUUAAAAUUUGAU